CACCUCCCCCCUCUCUCCCUGGCUCGCCGUCAAGCUCCGCCACUGUUUAGAGCUCCAAGACUCUAUCUCUCGUGAAGAGUGCUAUAUAAAUACAAGUUGUUGUUGUGGGAGAAUAUCUGACUGACGUGAUUGCGGUAACUUAGGCCGACUUCACCAGGGAGACUCGGCUUUGGAGAUCCAGGUGUCAGUAUGUAACACACCGCAACAGCGCAUCAAGUGAAAACACACACAAAUAGUGAAUGAUACUCCCGUUUAAGAGGAAACACCACUGGUGAAAUGCGUGGGAGAAUAAACACACAAUUGAAACCAUAGAAUAUUAGAUCUACAUCUUCUUCAAGACACCCAUCCCCCUGGCACAAGUAUCUAUCCAGCAGCAUAAAGCGCUGGGAGAUUUUUUCCUGACAUGACACUAUAAAUGUCAAUUGUAUUGUAGAACGUUUUUGAUGUGACGUUCUGAGGAAAUGUCUACAAUGAAAGUCCUAUUAUUGAAAGAUCCCAAGGAUAGAGAAUCAGGACCCGAUCCGUACAUUCAAGAGUUUGCUUCACUUGGUCUCCAGGCAACUCUAAUUCCCACUCUGUCAUUUGAAUUUAUAUCACUAACAGAUUUAUCACAAAAGCUUUUCCACCCAGAAGCUUAUGCUGGCCUGAUAUUUACCAGUCCUAGAGCAGUUGAUGCUGUCAAGUUAUGUUUGGAUGAGAAAGAUUUCAGGGCAGCUUGGAAUAAUUCUUUAAAAGGACAAUGGAGCAUAAAAUCUAUCUAUGUUGUAGGAAAAUCUACCAGCUCUUUAGUUAAUGAAAUUGGGCUUGCAACACAAGGCGAAGAUUCUGGAAAUGCAGAAAAACUAGCUGAGUACAUCUGCAACAAAACAUCUUCAGAUUCUCUGCCUCUACUUUUUCCUUGUGGUUCAUUAAAGAGAGAAACACUUCCUAAAUGUCUGAAAGAAAAGGGUGUACCUUUGGAGGGCAUCACUGUUUAUCGCACAACUGAACAUCCUCUCAUCCAGCAGGCCUUGAGUAAUUAUUUUUCAAAACAGGGAAUCCCAGAAAGUAUUACCUUCUUCAGUCCUUCUGGUAUCAAGUUUUGCCUGAAUGUAAUUAAGCAGCUAUCAGGAGAACUUCUUGAUCAAAUCAAGUUUGCAGCCAUAGGACCCACGACAGCUGAUGCCAUGGUAGCAAGUGGACUGACUGUGAGCUGCACUGCUGGAAAGCCUACACCACAUGAUUUAGCAAUUAGUAUACGGAGCAUCCUCCAAUAACCGUGGAGCACACACUUACAAAGAGUUGCCCUUCGUUUAACAGACUAUUUGCUUGACGAUUGAUUGUCCUUUAGAAUUUUUUUUGUACUGCAAUUUAAGGCACAACACGUGAAGUGCAGAGCAGUUGCAUCCAAAAAUAAUUCUCUGGAGAAGUUAUUUGCACAUUAGCAGUAUCUUAAGAAAGCUAAAAACAACCCUGUUUUGGGAUGUUAAACAGUUUAGCAGCUUAGCUGUCGUCAAAUACAAAAAAAGCAACAAAAUUGAAAAUUGUCUUUGCACUGUUAGAGUUCCUCUAUAUUAAUCUAUACGCACCAAAGAUCUGUUUCACAGAAUCUUUAUAUUUUUGAUAUUGCAAACUUGAUGAAAACAAAAUGUCUGGAAGAGCUGCAAUAAUUAAGUGCUUAUUUACCGGACCACAAAAUGUACUAGCAGUUUGUGACCAGCAUGAAUAUUGAAUGACUGAGGUUAGAGAGAACUGCAAGGAAAUACUUUUAUACUGCCUCCCUGCGAUUUUGUGCGUUUAACUGAAUGUAAUAGCUAUUUGUUCAUUUGUCAUUUUUGAAUUUAAUUAAUCUACAGUGUCAGAUGUAAGCAUCCAUAUUCAGGAAAGGAUUCCUUCAUGAUGACUUUACUGCAUUAAGACACAGUGAAGAAAACUUUCCUCUGGAGUCUAAGCUAUCUAUGUAUUCUGGUGCGUCAUUUUAGGGAGGAACAGUAAAGAAUGAAAAAAAAUUGGUAUUUUGUUUUAGCACUUCCCAUUCCUCAUUGAUCUCCUGCUGGAAGUGAUAAUGCUAUAUCAAGUCUAAAUUGUAUUGUGGCAGCUUGGCACUGUCAAUAGUGCUUUUGUGGUAUCAUGUAUCAGAAGGUUGUGGCUUCAAUUCUCAUAGUAAAUUCUGAGCUCAUUGUCCAGUCUGACACACCAUUGGUGAGGUACAGUAUUACUGGACAACCAGUCUUUCAGGUGAGAUAUAAAACUGAGGUCCUGACUGCCUGUUUUCAGGUGGCUCAUCAUAGGGCUACCAAACAAAGUGAGCAGAAGUGUAAAGUGCUACCUUGUGGUGGCAGGGAUGCUUUUUUAUGAAGCAGAUUAUACAGAAGAAAGUGUAGCUAUUGUUAUUGAUAGAUCUAACCACCCAUAAGGGUCACAAAAGUGUAUUUGCUUACUUGUUGUUUGUCAUGAUGCUGAAAACACUCAGGUCAACUUGUCAACUAGCUGUGAAAUCUGAACUUCUGUUCAUUGCAAAUAAUUUAUUUACUUGUUGUAUGAGCUUUAUUUUAUUUGGUUUCCUCCUUGAAUUUCUCUCUUGCUUUCAUCUUUGUCCAUUUCGUAGGUUUUCAUUGGCCUUCUUUCUUCUUUUUUUCUUUAUUCUCAUCUACAGGUGGCAUUUAAAUAGAAUUUCAUCGAGUGUUACGGCACAGAUACACAGACAAAUUUACUGCUGUGGGUCUUUGAUAUGUCUACUGUCUUGGGUACACUGAAACAUUUUUAAAAAAUAUAUCUUUCCCUAAUUUUAACAGAUGAAGAAAACUUCUGACAUAUAAAAAAAAUUAAAAUAUCUACAAACCUAAGUUGUAAAGACAUGAAGGCUACUUGUAAAUCAAGUGUGUUGAGGACUUGACUUAUGUGCUUGACCUGGAAGUCACAGUAAACUGGUUUCAAAACACUUCAUCUUGGUCAAUGUUGGUGGAUAACUCUUAUAUUGUAGCUGUGAACCGUCCGAUUGUGUAUCUAAAAUGUAAACACUGUAGUGUAUUGUAUACUGAAGGAUGCAUUUUGCUAUGCGAGUAAAAUCUGUUUGUGAUUAAAGUGUGCUUCUCACAAAAUACAUUUCUAA